AUGUGCGUUGACUACACUAGUCUUAACAGUGCAUGUCCUAAAGACUGCUAUCCCCUCCCGAGGAUCGACCAGCUGGUCGACGCGACAGCGGGGCACGCACACCUCUCUUUCAUGGACGCCUAUUCAGGGUACAACCAGAUCAGGAUGGCGCCCGAAGACAGGGAGCACACGGCUUUCCUCACCGAUCAAGGGAUAUACUUCUACAAGGUCAUGCCGUUCGGAUUGAAAAAUGCUGGAGCCACAUACCAGAGGACGGUAAAUAAGAUGUUUGCCCAUCAAAUCGGGAGGAACAUGGAAGUCUACGUCAACGACAUGAUUGUGAAAAGCAGAGAGGCCGGAACGCACCUCGUCGACCUAGCCGAGGCCUUCGCCACGCUACGCAAGUUCGGCAUGCGGCUCAACCCCGCAAAGUGCGCUUUCGGCGUCACCUCUGGGAAGUUCCUAGAGUUCAUUGUGCACCAGAGAGGGAUCGAUGCCAACCCGGCGUCACAUCGGCAAUAA